GUGUAUGUUUCUUUUGCUUAGUGCAGAAAUGAGCAAAUAGUUCGCCGUGACCCUGCAACGAACAUACUCCUCCGCGCGUCACCAGUUCGUAUCAACGCUGUCACUAGUUUCCAUCUACCCCUGCAAACGUAACAUAAUCGAUUCCUUAUCAAGACUGCUCUCGACUCACUGCAGGCUGAAUUCCCCCACAGCUUUAUUGACAACAGUUGACGGACAAAAGGCAUAUUUUCUCGCCAACAUAUCAUCUUCAUCAUUUUUUUUUCAGUAUUAACCGAGUCUAUAUUUUUCGUGGUAGGCAGGCUUGAUGUAUGAGAUACAAGCCAGAAGCCACAUUUUUUGAGGAGAUCAGCUGACUAGUGCGUUAAGAUGCAAAUAUCUAAAAUCAAACAACUCAUCCAUUGGGGUCCGUUACUGGCCCUAUUUAUCAUCCUGUUUGUCACAUCAAUGGCCGUGGUGUGUACCUUGGUAUGGUGGCCCCCAGCUAUGGACGAUAUUUGCAGUAUUAUUCAUCUAGGUACCAUAUUUAUGUGGAUAUUUCUCAUUCUUUACAACUUCUUCCAAGCGGCGUUUCUUGGUCCUGGGUUUGUGCCACUCAAAUGGAAACCAGAGAAUCCUGAAGAUGAGAAGUUUCUGCAAUUUUGUAAAAUCUGUGAGGGUUACAAAGCGCCAAGAUCUCAUCACUGCAGAAAAUGUGGAAGGUGCGUGAUGAAGAUGGAUCACCACUGUCCGUGGAUUAACACGUGUUGUGGGCACACCAACCAUACAAGAUUUAUAUAUUUUCUAUUUUUUGCACCAGCUGGGUGUAUACAUGGUGCUGUAAUUUUCAUCAUUACUAUCUAUCAUCAGCUAUAUAGGAGUCGUUAUUUGUACCAUGUGAUGUCGGCCAAAGCCUGGUUAACGUUUACAGUGUAUUCUUUUAUAUUGACUUUCUUUGCAUUGGGCCUUGCUAUAGGCGUUACCUUGUCUGUAGGUUUUCUCUUCUUUGCCCAGCUACAAAGUAUAUGGUACAACGAGACUGGGAUUGAAACCUGGAUUAAAGAGAAGGCGGAUAGGCCUAGAGAUGAUGAGUUUAUUUAUCCCUAUGAUCUUGGUCGCAAACGUAAUUUAUUGGAGAUAUUCCGAUGGGAAGGCACGCCACGUGGGGAUGGAAUAACAUGGCCAGUAGUGAAUGGAUGCAAUCAGUACACUUUGACAAUUGAACAACUACAACAGAAAGAAGAGAAAAGGAACCGCACUAUGGAGUUGACCAUCUCUGAAAAUUACAGUGGUUCAGUGUUCCCCAUCACUAAAGGUUGUAAAACGUGUAUAACUGCGCCCUGUACAGAUGAACCCAGAAUUACUUUAUACAAAGGAGAUAUUAUUUUAGUGACGAGAUGGAAAAAGUAUUGGUUAUAUGGUGACAAAAUUAUUAUGGAGAAUGCAGAUGGCAAACAAAGAGUACGCGGAUGGUUUCCACGGCGAUGUGCUAAAGAGAUGUUUAAUAAUGGGAUGGAUUUGACAGUGGGUGGUAAAAAGGAAUUAUAACAAUUUUUGAAACAUAGGAAUGUUUUUCUUUUUUACCAUCACCCUAGUAUUUUAAAAUAUGUAUUAUAUUCUCAAAUUACUUGGAUUUCCAUUUUUUAAAGUUUGUCUUUUUUCGUUCUUGUUUCCUUGGCUCUUAACAAAUCUCAUUUCCAUGGUAAGCUGUAUUUUAGUUAAAGGGCGGUAGUCGUCACGCCAGGCAUGCACGAGAUAUACGUCUCAUAAAAACAAAGAUGGCGAUUUUGACUGUUGAGCGGAUCAAUGAGUACAAACUGAGACGUUACCAAGCUUUAAUUAGGUAUUUUUUUAGGUGAUUGGAGGUAUCGACGGAGUCGUCAGUGGUAAUUAAUGCAAGUCGCACCCAGGUCAAACCACGUACUUGGGAUUUCCAUUGGAAGAGCGCAUUGGAUUGGAAGAAACUGACAAUGUUUAUCAACACAAUUGUUGCACAUGCGCAGCGUGUCGACUACUGUCUUUUAAGUGUUGUUUUUUUCUUCACGUGCUACUUUCCAUUUAUUCAAGUCACUAAUAGUAUUGAUUGAGUUUCUCAUCAAGACUCUGUAAAAUGCCGAUUUUGAGAACAGGUAACAAUUAAAGUGGUGCUUAUAUAACU